GUCGAGGAGUGCGGGCGCGUGCUGGCGUCGGGCGGCCUCUGCGCGUUCCCGACGGAGACGGUCUACGGCCUCGGCGCGAACGCGCUCGACGAGGCCGCCGUGCGGCGCAUCUUCGAGGUGAAGCGGCGGCCGCUGAGCGACCCGCUCAUCGUACACGUCGCCGAGCCCGAGGACGCGCUCGGCCUCGUGGACCUCGGCGGCGCGCGCGCGGCGGCCCACAAGGUCUUCGUGACGCUCACGCGGGCCUUCUGGCCCGGCCCGCUGACCCUGGUCUGCCCCGCGCGGAACCACCUGCCGGCGUGCCUCGGCGCGGGCACGGGGACCGUCGGCGUCCGGUGCCCGUCGCACGGUUUGGCGCGGGCGCUCAUCGGCGCCGCGGGCGUGCCCGUCGCCGCGCCGUCGGCGAAUUUGUUCGGCCACGUGUCGCCGACGCGGGCGCAGCACGUUGUGGACGACCUCGGCGCCAGCGAGCUCCACGUGCUCGACGGCUCCGCGGCGGGCGAGUUCGGAGGCGACCCGCCCUGCGCGCACGGCAUCGAGUCCACGGUCUGCGCCAUCGCGCCGGCGCCGGGCCGCGACGACGCCGUCGUCCUCACGGUCUACCGCCGCGGCGCCGUCGCCGCGACGGCGCUCGAGCGGGCCGUCGCGGACGAGCCGGACGCGGAACUCCGCGCGGCCGUCGCGAAGCUCGUCGUCCCCGAGUGCGCGCCGGGCCAGCUGCUCACGCACUACGCGCCCAAGAUCCCCGCGGCGCUCGUGUCGCUCGUCGCCGAGGCGGGCGCCGACGACGCCAAGUCCGACGCCUACGUCGCCCAGUGCGUCGUCGUCGACUUCGGCGGGCGCCUCGCGGCGCUCGAGGACGUCGCGCUCGCCUACCGCGACCUCAGCGCGGCCGGCGACGCGGCCGCGGCCGCCGCCGCGCUCUUCGAGACGCUCCGCUGGGCCGAGGACGUGCCCAAGGCCAAGAACGUCUUCAUCGCCGACCUCCAGGCCGAGAAGGCGUCGCCGGGCCUCAUCGCGGGCGUCGCCGACCGCGUCUACCGCGCGACGAGCGGCAACACCAUCGAGAUC